AUGGGCAUGGCCGUGUUGCCUAUUCCGUUGCACAGGAUGUGUCUGGAGUGUGAGCUGCUGCGAAGGGGGGUCGCUGUCGGUGUGCGUCCAGCGUUGCCCAUAGAUGGGAUUCAUAUUAUUUUGGGAAAUGGGUUGGUUGGUGGUUGUGUCUGGGCUGACACAGACUCUGGUGGUGGGGAGACUGUGGAUGCUGUCGUUGGGGAGCCAGACGUGUUCCAUGCCUGCGCGGUGACGCGGGCCAGUCAUGGUGCAGAGUUGGAUGUGGCUGACGCAGGGCUAGUUCAAGCGUGUGAGGAUGCUGACACUGUGGAACCUGAGGAUGGAGUGCUGGGGGCUCGGUGCAAGUCUUCCUCUUCUUCCCCUUUGGGCUUCGGAGCUGUGGAGCCUGGUGGAGGCUGCGAAGUGGGCGUGGUCUUCUGGGUGGUGUUCGUUUUGCACUCGUUGUUGUGCGCUAGUUUGAACGAAAAUUCUUUGGGGAGAAUUCUCGUGUUUAUGGGGGGGGGUGUUACGGCCACUGACGGGCCGUAUAUCCUCCUCUCUCAGGUGGAAGCUGUGCUCAUUGGUGCGCGUGCGCGACACGCGGAGCCGCGCCUUUAA